GAUCCGCUCCUCUCGUUAUAACUUUUUGCCUUUGAGACUUAUAAAAACUCACAACGCUAUACGACAGCGUUUCGAAUCUUUCUUCUCUCUUUGUCUGAACAAGCUAUUUUCUUCUGAGACUCGCAAUCGGAAGCCCUAACCCUCACCACUUGCGAUAAUCAUUCCACCAAAAUGGCAAUUGCACGCACCGGAGUCUAUGUAGAUGACUAUUUGGAGUAUGCCAGCACAUUACCAGCUGAACUUCAGAGGCUGCUCAACACUGUCCGCGAACUCGACGAACGAUCCCAAUCUAUGAUAAACCAAACCAGGCAGCAGACAAAGUACUGUAUGGGGUUCCCAUCUCAUGGCUCUAAGAAGGGGAAUCACAGUUAUAAUAACAAUUAUGGUAAUGAGGACGAUGAUGUAGCUUUUGAGAAAAUGCGAAAAGAAAUUGAGGGAAAUCAGGAUAGUGCAUUGAGUCUAUGCACUGAGAAGGUUUUGUUGGCGCGACAAGCGUAUGACCUGAUAGAUAGCCAUGUUAAACGACUUGAUGAGGAUUUAAACAACUUUGCUGAAGAUUUAAAGCAAGAGGGUAAAAUACCACCAGAUGAACCAGCAAUUCUGCCCCCAUUGCCUAUAGUCCCUAAAGCUGAAAAGCGCAAGCCCAUAUACAUAACUCCUCAGCCAAAGAGAAUUGAUUACAGGGAUAGAGAUUGGGAUCGGGAGCGCGAUAGGGACUUCGAGUUAAUGCCUCCACCAGGAAGUCAUAAGAAAGAGUAUGCUACCCCAAUGGAUGUUGAUCAACCUAUUGAUCCAAAUGAACCUACAUACUGUGUUUGUCAUCAGGUAUCUUUCGGGGAUAUGAUUGCGUGUGACAACGAAAAUUGCCAAGGAGGUGAAUGGUUCCACUAUUCGUGUGUUGGGCUAACGCAGGAGACAAGGUUCAAGGGAAAGUGGUAUUGUCCAACUUGCAUACUACUCCCCCAAUGUCAACGAUGAAUAUUUGCACGAACUAAACUACAUUCAUAAAUGGCCACUGUUUCAAAAGAAUCGUCACAUUUUAGUGAAUACAUAAUAUGUGGGUUUGGAAUUAUUUGUCUUCUAUAUUGCUUGGUCAUUUGUGUUGGUCACGGAGGCCAAGUGGGCUCACUCAGGCCUUGUAUAAAGUCCUCUAGGAUUUGAGAGAAAUGAUUCCAGAUUUUAAUUUUGGAGAAAGUUAAUUAUGUGUCUGUGGUUGUAUAACAACGAAGGUAAUGUUUACAAAAUUCAUAUCCAAAUUGUUGAAAACGAGAGAGCAACACCAGAUAGCUUCACUGCAGAGUUGGAAAUUCAUGUCUAAAACGCAUUUGCAACUAUGCUGACACGGAUUCCAUCCAUGUGGAGAAAACUGGAGUGUCCUAUAUAAUAAAUGUCAACUAUUGAUUAAAAUAUUUGAUAA